GAAGCCGAGCGCAGCUGGAUCCAUGGCGGUAGAGAGGCUGGGAUCGCCCUGGUGGAGGCGGCGGAGAGGCUAGGCUGGACAGACAUUUGAAUGGCAGCGACUGACCACCAGGGAGCACCGCCCGACUGACCCACGGGCUUCCCAUGUCUCCAAGGAUGCUGUGUUUGCCAGUCCUACUGCUGUUUGGCCUCUCCUGUUGCUCCAGCUCAGAAGUGAACCCUGCAAUAUGCCGAUACCCUUUGGGGAUGCAUGAAGGGACAAUCCGAGAUGAGGAUAUCACAGCUUCCAGCCAGUGGUAUGACUCUACAGGACCACAGUAUGCACGGUUGUUGAGGGAGGAAGGUGAUGGGGCCUGGUGCCCUGCUGGACUCCUGCAACCAGAGGACGUGCAGUUUCUCCAAAUAGAUCUGCAUAAACUCUACUUCAUCACGCUAGUGGGAACGCAGGGGCGGCAUGCACGAGCCACUGGGAAGGAAUUUGCCCGUGCUUACCGAAUUGACUACAGCCGCAACGGGGAGCACUGGCUGUCUUGGAAGGACCGUCAGAACAGGCAGGUGAUUCAAGGUAACGUUGACACUUAUGACGUUGUCCUGAAAGAUUUGCGUCCACCUGUCAUCGCCCGCUACAUCCGAGUGAUCCCGGUGACUGAGCAGCCCAUGACUGUCUGCAUGCGAGUGGAACUCUAUGGCUGUGUUUGGUUUGAUGGCCUGGAGUCCUACAGCAUGCCGGAGGGAGGCGUGAUCACAGCUCCGGGUCACCCCAUUGUUUACCUGAAUGAUUCGACCUAUGAUGGUUACCAAGAACACAAGCUUUUACACGGUGGUUUGGGCCAGCUGACGGAUGGUGUUCUGGGCUUGGAUGAUUUUACAAAGAGCCACCAGUACCGUGUAUGGCCAGGCUAUGACUAUGUUGGCUGGAGGAACGACAGUAUUAGUGGUGGCACUGUGGAGAUGGAGUUCCAGUUUGACCGGCAGAGGAACUUCACCUCCAUGAAGAUCCACUGCAAUAACAUGUUUUCCAAGGGAGUAAAGAUCUUCCAGCGGGUGGAGUGCUUAUUCAAGCCGCGGUUGAUUGCAGAGUGGGAGCCUGAACCUGUGGGUGUGGACACUGUCCUGGACGAUAAAAAUCCCAGUGCACGGUUUGUGACCGUCCCCCUCAACCAACGUGUGGGCAAAGCCAUCCUCUGCCACUUCUACUUUGCCGACAGCUGGAUGAUGAUCAGUGAAAUCUCCUUCCAGUCAGGUGAGCAGGAGGAGGCAAAUGCUCAGAGCCAGGGACUCAGCCCCUGGACUGCACCCAAAACUGAGGAAUCGAGCACCUCCAGCUUGGUCGGCUGCCUCGUGGCCAUCAUCUUGGUGCUCCUUAUCAUCAUCAUCGCCAUCCUGUGGAGGCAGUACGCCCAGAAGCGGCUGGAGACGGCUCCUCGGCGAAUCCUGGAAGAAGACGCCACCGUCCGACUGUCCUUCUACAGCUCCAGGAUUGUCAGCGGUCAGACGCAGAUCCACCAGACCAACCCCACCUAUGAGAGAGUUUUCCCGUUGGACCUGGAAUAUCACCAGCCCACCACCCUGCUCCAGAAACUGCCGGAGCUCUCCCAAAGUGCUGAGGAUUCGGCCUGCAGUGGUGAUUACGCCGAGCCUGAUCUUACCAAGUGCACACCUCACCAAGGCUUCCAGAAUAAUGUCCCACACUACGCCGAAACGGACAUCGUCAGCCUGCAGGGUGUGACGGGCAACAACACGUACGCUGUGCCAGCCAUCACCGUUGACUCCUUGACCAAGAAGGACAUCUCUGUGGCUGAGUUCCCAAGGCAGCAGCUACGGCUGAAGGAGAAGCUGGGAGAAGGGCAGUUUGGGGAGGUCCAUCUGUGUGAAGCGGAUGGUCUUCUAGAAUUCCUGGGUCGGGGCUCUGCAGAGGCCUCCAGCAGGGCAGCCUUAGUAGCCGUAAAGAUGCUCAGAGCCAACGUCACCAAGACAGCCAGGAACGAUUUUCUAAAGGAAAUCAAGAUCAUGUCCCGGCUAAAGGACCCAAACAUCAUCCGCCUGCUGGGGGUGUGCGUACGGGAUGAUCCAUUAUGUAUGAUCACCGAGUACAUGGAGAACGGGGAUCUUCAUCAGUUCCUGUUGCAGAGGCAGAGCAGAAGCACCUUUACUCUCUCCAAUAACAUUCCCUGUGUCAGCUGCCUCCACCUCCUGCUCAUGGCUACCCAAAUUGCCUCCGGCAUGAAGUAUUUGGCUUCCCUCAACUUUGUGCACCGAGACCUGGCUACGCGCAACUGCCUGGUUGGGAACAACUACACCAUCAAGAUUGCCGAUUUUGGCAUGAGCCGGAAUCUGUACAGUGGUGAUUACUACCGGAUCCAGGGCAGGGCUGUGCUGCCAAUCCGCUGGAUGGCUUGGGAGAGUAUCCUGCUGGGCAAGUUCACCACAGCCAGUGAUGUCUGGGCCUUUGGUGUGACACUGUGGGAAAUGUUCACACUGUGUAAAGAGCAGCCUUACAACUGGCUCUCAGAUGAGCAGGUCAUCGAGAACACGGGGGAGUUCUUCCGAGACCAAGGCCGGCAGGCUUAUCUCUCUCAACCACCCCUAUGUCCAAAUCCUGUGUUCUCCUUGAUGAUGAAGUGCUGGAGUCGAGACAUCAAGGACCGCCCAGCGUUCGAGGCCAUCCACCUGUUUCUCGUGGAGCAAAUGGAUGGGAGCAUCUGACCCACAGAAG